AAUAUCGACCUAUCAGAUUUCAGUCGCUCAGUGCACACACUAAUCAGUGAAAAUAAGCACCUCUUCUCACUGCCGAGGCUGCUUCUCUAAAGCAGUACUUAGUUUGCAGUGGGUCGUGAUAUGACAGCUUCUUUUCUUUCAGCCCCUUGGAGGACUGAUACAAUCAGGUACCUACACAACAGAAAUAAUACCACUAACUCGGAAAUGGAAGGAUUAGGAGGGAACGUCCCUUCUAGUCAAUGCAGGAAUUUUCUAUCUCCCUCUGCAUUUGGAGCUCAUCAUAACUCGUUAUCUUCGGGCCCCGCUUACUCCGUCGGAGAUCGAACGCAUUCUGUCAUUUCUGAAUCUGCCAAGCAGUGCAGCCCCUGCCCAGCUCCCACAAGCCCUGCCAACCCAGCGAUAAGUUACGGCUAUCAUUUUGGAAGCAGCUACUACAGUUGUCGAAAUGUUGGCAUUCAACAAACUGGACUGAAAUCUGGUGCCCAUGCAUCUCUGGCCGGUUAUCCAGUGGACAAAUACAUGGAUGUUUCGGGUUUGACUAACACGCCUGUCCCCACUGACGAGGUGUCAUCCAGGGCAAAAGAAUUUGCAUUUUAUCAGAGCUACCCCAAUCCCUACCAACGAGUCUCUGGUUAUUUGGACGUUCCAGUAGUCCCUACAAUAAGCGGGCACGGAGAACCAAGGCAUGAAGCCUUAAUUUCCAUGGAGGGCUAUCAGCCCUGGACAUUUGCUAAUGGCUGGAAUGGUCAAGUGUAUUGCCCGAAAGAUCAGACACAGACUCCACAUUUCUGGAAAUCUCCUCUUCCAGGAGAUGUGAUGCACAAUCAGACCGACAUAAACAUUUACAGGCGAGGGAGGAAGAAAAGGGUUCCUUAUACGAAAACUCAGCUUAAAGAACUGGAGCGAGAAUACGCCACAAACAAAUUCAUAACUAAGGAUAAAAGACGAAGGAUAUCCACUGCCACCAAUCUUACCGAAAGACAAGUCACCAUAUGGUUUCAGAACAGAAGAGUCAAGGAGAAGAAAGUGGUUUCUAAAGUCAAAGAAAAUAUACCUUGAUCCCGCAGAUAUCAGGAACCUUGCUGGCGCAUUGUGAAUUACAUGUGAUGGUCUUCCUUUUGGAAAAAGAAUCGAAAUGAAUGUGGAAGACUUUCGAGACACAGCUUCGGAUUUAUAAACAAAUCUUAAAAUGACAAUUUCCAUAAAAAUGUUGUGCAAAUUUUGCGAAAAUACUUGAUCUGACUUCACCACUUUCAAAGAAAUAGGACACUCUUCAGUAUGUGAAUAGUUCCACAUUCACAUGUUUGUCUUGUGUUACCGUGCUGGAUUAUUUUCACGAGUGGCAUUGCAAAUACUGUCGCAAAUGAAUGCUUAGUUCAGUCUUAAGUCAUCUUUUCGAGGGUUCAGCUAAAUUGCUGGACGUUUGCAACACCCAGAUAAAAUGGCGACUACAACUGAUUACACAAUCAAACGCAAAAGUUGACAUUAAAUGAAAAGUAUUUAUAACUUUCUUAAUGCAAAGCAUUUUUAUUUAACAUUUAUGUUUUCAGUCAUGCUUUGCAAGAUGGCUGUGUUGCUAGUGGAUUCAAAUGCUAACAAUAUAUAUUAGCAACAAAUCCAUUCUGUUGUGAAUAAUUGAAAAUAUACUGCUAACAUACCAUUUUAAAUCUGUGUAAUUGAGAUAGUUACAGAUUAACUGCGGUACAAUCUCAUAAGAUAUUUUAUCAUAUUAAUCGGCAGCGAACUUACAAUCAUUUUCAUAAUAAAUUAUUUAGCUUAGAAAGGACUUUCCGUUUACUUACUGCAGAAAGUUCUAUAGUAACAUGUUGUCCUAAGUAAAUGUAAGAGUUAAUCACGAAUUCAAAUGGAAUGCUUGUCAAAUUUAAAAUGUCCUUAAAAGUUAUGUUAAAGAAUGAAAAGCUAUGUUUCUGCCUUUGAGUCUUUCGUUCAUUUAAAACUGUUAUUUUCAAAAGAAAUGCUAAUAUAUUUAAAAGCCCCAUGAUAGUUUUGAAUGCGGUGCCUUUAAUUGAAACUUUUUACAGCUGUUUCCUAAUUACUAACUUGUUGCGCUGUAUACUUAAAUUGUAAUAAUGAUAACUAUAGGAGUAACAUAGUGGAGAAGUUUGGCAUUAUUUCUAUGUUUUAUGUAUACUUUUAACGCAAGUAUCUGUUCAUUUUGUCCAUCGUUUUCUUUACGCAGACGAGUUAAAUACGAACUCGAGAGGUUUUCUUACGUUGAUUUAUGCCGUGUAAAAUAUUAAAACAAAUCACACUUUAA